AUGUCCAAAAGCAAGAGCUCAGAGUCCGUGAAGGUGGUGGUGCGAUGUCGCCCCAUGAACGAGAAGGAGCGCGCCGCCAACUUCGAGAGGGUGGUCUCUGUGGACGUGAAGCUAGGACAGGUUGCAGUGCGAAAUCCCAGAGGUGCGUCUGCUCACGAGCACCCCAAAGUGUUCACGUUUGACUCUGUCUAUGACUGGAAUUCGAAGCAGCUCGACCUCUAUGAUGAGACGUUCAGGCCGUUAGUGGACUCUGUUUUGCUGGGCUUCAACGGCACCAUCUUUGCUUAUGGGCAGACGGGCACGGGGAAGACUUACACUAUGGAAGGGGUGCGCAACGACCCAGAGAGGAGAGGAGUCAUCCCCAAUUCCUUCGAACACAUUUUCACACACAUCUCACGCUCACAGAACCAGCAGUACCUGGUCAGGGCGUCUUACCUGGAGAUCUACCAGGAAGAGAUUAGGGAUCUGUUAUCCAGGGACCAGUCACGUCGUCUGGAGCUGAAGGAGCGGCCUGACACGGGAGUCUACGUCAAAGAUCUUUCUUCAUUCGUCACUAAAAGCGUUAGGGAGAUCGAACACGUUAUGAAUGUUGGAAACCAGAACCGUUCAGUUGGGGCCACCAACAUGAAUGAGCACAGUUCCCGUUCUCAUGCCAUAUUUGUCAUCACUAUCGAGUGCAGUGAGCUGGGCCCCGAUGGGGAGAACCACAUCCGGGUUGGGAAACUAAACUUGGUCGACUUGGCGGGCAGCGAAAGGCAGACUAAGACAGGUGCCCAGGGUGAACGUUUAAAAGAGGCCACCAAGAUUAACCUCUCUCUGUCUGCUUUGGGUAACGUUAUUUCGGCAUUGGUGGAUGGAAAAAGCACCCAUAUCCCAUACCGAGACUCCAAGCUCACACGACUGCUCCAGGACUCGCUGGGUGGAAACGCCAGAACGGUCAUGGUGGCUAACAUCGGACCAGCCUCCUACAAUCUGGAGGAGACUCUCACCACGCUACGCUACUCCAACCGCGCCAAAAACAUCAAAAACAAACCUCGUAUCAACGAAGACCCCAAGGAUGCCCUCCUGCGGGAAUUCCAGGAGGAGAUCGCGCGUUUGAAGGAACAGCUGGAGAAACGAUCUGGGAAGAAGAAGAAGAAACGGAGAAGGAGGAAGUUCGGGGAGGCAGGAGAGGAGCUGGAUGAUGAUGCUGAGGAGGAGGAGGAUGAUGAUGAUGACGACGACGAAGAUGGGGUGGAUGGGGACAAGAACAAUGCUGAUUAUUGGCGGGAGCAACAGGAAAAGCUGGAGAAGGAGAGGAAGGCCAUCAUGGAGGACCACAGCCUGGUAGCAGAAGAGAAGCAGCGACUACUCAGGGAGAAGGAGAAGAAGAUGGACGAUCUGCAUCGAGAAAAGGAGGCGUUGGAGAUGCUGGCAUCCAAAGUGAAGGCUAUGGAGAGCAAGCUGCUGGUUGGAGGAAAGAACAUUGUUGACCACACUAAUGAGCAGCAGAGGAUUCUGGAGCAGAAGAGGCACGAGAUAGCAGAACAGAAAAGACGUGAGCGGGAGAUGCAGCAGGAGAUGGAGUGUCGCGACGAAGAGACACUCGAGCUAAAGGAGACCUACAGCUCUCUGCAACAAGAAGUCGACAUCAAGACCAAGAAACUGAAAAAGCUUUUUGCAAAGCUACAAGCAGUAAAGGCAGAGAUUCAUGAUGUCCAAGAGGACCACAUUAAAGAGAGGCAGGAGCUGGAGCAGACGCAGAACGAACUGACCCGAGAGCUCAAACUAAAGCAUUUGAUCAUUGAGAACUUUAUCCCGCUGGAGGAGAAGAACAAGAUCGUCGUGAGGGCCACCUUUGACGAGGAGGACGACACCUGGAAGAUGAGACCCAUCACCCGCAUUCAAGAUGAUCAGCAGAUGAUGAGUAGACCGGUGUCUGCAGUGGGCUACAGGAGGCCUCUGAGUCAGCACGCUCGCAUGGCCAUGAUGAUGCGGCCUGAUGCCAGAUACAGGGCCGAGAAUAUCCUGAUGCUGGAGCUGGACUUGCCUUCCCGCACGACUAAGGAGUACGAAGAGCCUGUGAUUGCUCCUAAGGUGGCAGCGGCCUUGGAGGAUGCACUAAGGGAGGAGGACGAGAUCCAGGUGGAUGCCUCCGGCCUCUACGCUAACAUGGGCUCCAGUCCAGGCUUGGGCCCAGGUGCCAUGGCAGGGGGCUUCUCCAAGAAGCCCAAGUCAGGCCGUCCCAAAACAGGCAAGAAGGCGAGCACUCCCACUGCAGCCCACAGCCCCUCUGGCUCGGGAUCCCCUCUCUACCCCCAGUCCCGUGGUCUUGUGCCCAAAUGACAUCCCCCUAACCCCUAAAUCCUCACUUCUCCAGUCCCUUCAUCCUCCCAGACAGACAGACAAACUUGAUGGCUGAACUGUGGGAGGCCAUGUGCUGGAACUUCAAGCUGAAGAAUAUUGUUAGAGUCCCUGUCCAGGAUGAGGAAGAUGUGCGUCUUCCUCUCCUUCUCUGAUUCUGAUUUGAGACCAGUUUUAUAAUGCUGGCAGAUGUUAUUAGGACCACUUGAUACUCGCUCCAUGCAGCUGGGUUAAAUACGACAGCGUAACACGAAGACGUAAUAUUUCGAGGAAAAAGUCGUUAUAUUUCAAGCGUAAAAGUGGUUUAACUGUAGGGGGCUGCCAAAACACGUCGGGGUCUCUGUUGCUGUACUGGUGCACCAGAGUUCCUCUCACUCUUGUCUCUUUGUGGAUCCAGCUUUUUGAUUUAUCUCCUCACCGUCUGUGAAACUUGAACGCUGUGGAGACGUAGCCACUGAUAGCCAUGUAGACGACCCUGCCUGAGAUUCUCCUUCAGCAAAACACAGACUUUCCAAAACGCAGCGAGUCCGUUUGGCUCUUUAUUCUAGAUAAACUGCUCAGCCGUUUCUUACACUAACAACAGGCUGGUGUGCAGGAGAGACGGAGACUGAGUGUUUCUUUAUGGGUGAAAUCCUCCACCAACUCACGUCUCUCAUUUAAGAAAAGGAGGUGCUGCCUUCCUUUCGCAAAGCCUUUGGCCACAAUACUGACCUCUCCUGGUGUUAAUGCCACUUUAAUGUAAUUCUAUGACUUUUUUUUUUUUUUUUUUUUUCCCCUUGAAAUAUUACGACUUUUUUUUCCUCGAAGUCUUUUUAUUUUUAUUAAGUGGCCCUAAAACGCCGUCGUAGUUGAAACACAAAGAUGCAAAAAAAUAAGAAAAUGGAAGUUUUCCAUUGUGAAGUCAUUAGAUGUGAGUAGAUGUGACACUCGGAGCACAAAAAAAAAAAUUGUUGGUGUAAUUUCAGCGUAUAGUCUUACUAAUUCACUAAGAACGUCCUCGUUCUCAGUGUACAGUGGCACCGAGACUGAAUUCCAUGGCUUAGGCCCUUUACUUGAGCUGCAGGUUUCUGAUUUGUGUGCUGUUUGUGAGAGUGAAAGUUUUCCACCACACACCAUCCUGGCAUUGCGGGAGCACGUUGUGGUGCGUGUGUGGAUGCGUACACGUUAGGUCGUAUCUAGUUAAGGUUUUUUUUUUUUUCCCCCAGUUGUAGGAUUAACAAAUUUAAACGCUCUCACUUUAGGAGGGUUCCACUAGCUGAGGGGGGCGAGCCGUUCUGCUUGUUCGUCUCAAGGCAUGCGCUGUAGUGUUAUCCGGUGAGUGAGAGAGCACGCUACGUCAUCGGUUCAGCUCAGUGGCUCAUUCUGCAUGUGGCCCUUCCUCCGCGUGAGGGUAGAAGGGCCAGCGGAAUGCUUCUGGAUUGGACCCAUGUGUCAAAGCUGUAAUAAGUAGAUGCUGUUCUCUUUGGGUCACCUGAGCUGGACGGGUGAGAGUGGGGGAACUGCAGGUCAACAAAUACCAAAACAUCAGGGGUUCCAAGGUGCCUUAGAUUCCCUUUUUACUCUUGAAAAGGGGUGUUUUUAUUCCUCAUCCCCCAUGGUUCGAGUGUCCCUUGGAAUGAACUGAUUGUUGUAAACUUAAAAUUGAAUAAAAGUAUAAUUGAAUCCAAGCCCCUAGCAAAGGACUGUGAAGGCUGACCAGCUGUUUUGAAACAUCACUGUGCUUUUCCCCUCCAAACAUCUGUGGAUGGGGAGUCUCUGUUCGCCUGCAUUUAAAGGAAUACUCCAGCAUUUUUCAGCCUGAUCGCAGAUCUGCUGAAUCUGUAUCGUAUGAUCCAUCACCACAGACAAUUUCAGUGCACAUGCUGGCACUUAGAAAAGAGCCGGAAACAUUGAUUUGGAGCAUCCUUAUAGUAGAAGCCAUUGUGCUGUUAUGGAACACGUUUCCUGUGAUGUUUACCAGAAACAAAUAUAUUUAUAUGUAAUGCAUGUUCUGAACUCCAGCCAUUGCAUUCUAACAGUACAGACUUCAGCCUGGCUUUACACAGUAAAAGUUGCUCGGUGUAACUAGUUGCACGCUGUAAGUUGCAUGCAACACAUUUAAUUACUCCACUAGCAAAUUAGCAGCUUGUAUUGUUUGGUACACCAUGUUAUUCUUGCAAUAUAAUCCGCAUGGUGUUAUAUUUUUAUAGAUAUAUAUAAUUUACACACACACACACACACACACGUUGGAAGAAAACCUUAUAUCUCCACUUUUGACAUUUUUCAGUUUUUGACCGUUUGAAAAUACCU